AUGAAGGCUCUUAUACUUGUGGGUGGGUAUGGGACACGGUUACGUCCACUGACUCUGACGCAGCCAAAACCGUUAGUUGAAUUUGCAAACAAGCCGAUGAUGCUUCAUCAAAUGGAAGCACUAGCUACAGUUGGAGUGACGAGUGUUGUCCUUGCUGUAAGUUACCACGCCGAGCAGUUGGAACAGGAGAUGAAAGUACAUGCUGAACGUCUUGGGAUUCGCGUGCACUUUUCUUUGGAAGAAGAGCCGCUCGGAACUGCAGGACCGCUAGCUCUAGCUAGACAGUACCUGGAUGGAGAUGAACCUUUCUUUGUGCUCAAUUCUGAUGUCAUUUGUGAAUUCCCGUUCCAAGAGAUGAUUGAUUUUCACUUAUCGCAUGGAUCAGAGGGAACGAUAGCAGUUACCCAGGUGGAAGAACCUUCAAAGUACGGUGUAGUUGUCUAUGACGAACGUACCGGGAUGAUUGCCGAUUUCGUGGAAAAACCUCAAGAAUAUGUUGGUAAUAAAAUUAACGCUGGACUUUAUAUAUUCAAUCCUUCAAUUCUCGAUAGGAUACCUCUUAGACCUACCAGUAUUGAAAAAGAGAUCUUCCCUAAAAUGGCAGAAUGUAACAAUCUGUUUGCAUUUGUCUUGUCUGGAUUUUGGAUGGACGUGGGACAGCCAAAGGAUUUCCUAAAAGGGAUGUCUCUAUUUCUCGAGUACAAAAGAAGAAAAGACCCUUCAUUCUUGUCGAAGGGCGAUUCAAUACACGGGAACGUUCUUAUAGAUGCUACAGCUACUAUUGGGAAUAAUUGCAGGAUUGGUCCCAAUGUAGUUAUCGGUCCUAGAGUUCUGAUAGAGGAUGGCGUUUGUCUACGUCACUGCACGAUACUCUCUGAUUCUAUUGUUCGCACACAUUCGUGGAUAAAUCAAAGUAUUGUUGGUCGAAAAUGCUCUAUUGGACGAUGGGUGCGCAUUGAAAACAACUCCGUCAUAGGGGAUGAUGUUGUUGUACACGAUGAAUUGUACCUCAAUGGUGCCCAAGUUUUGCCCCAUAAGUCAAUCUCCAGUAAUGUUCCGGAACCUCAUAUCAUUAUGUGA